AUGAAGGAUAUCUGCCAUCCAGAUCACAGGGAAUUCAAGGAACUAGACAGUUCAGGUCAGUGGUGCAUUGAUAUGGAUCCAAAGGAGCCAGACACACUACUUGACCUUGCUAUACAGACUGUGGUGAAAAAUGAGUCUGUAGCAUUACGUGCCAUUGAAGAGAUACCACAAGAACUUUUUAUUCCAUUGUUCAAUGCUGCCUUCUCUGGUGGGCAUAAGAACAUAUUGAAGGCAGUAGUAAGUACUUGGCCCUUUCCUUGUCUCCAUAUUGGGGCCUUGGACAUGCCGGAGCCAUAUUGUGAUGUCUUGGAAGCCAUGCUUGAUGGUCUUCAGUUCCCUCCUAUCCACAACUCUUCUUCUCGGGUUCCAAAACUGAGGAUUCUAGAUUUAAGGCAGAAUGCAGACUGCAUGACCACAUGUUCUGGCAUUUGGAACAAAUUUCCUUUCUGUUACGAAGUCUGUGCUUACUCUGAGAAAUCUAUUGUGAAAAUAGGAGAUGCCAAUUACCGUCUUGCAAAUUCAGAUCCUCAAACAUCCAGACCACCCAUGGAAUUAUUAGUUGACCUUUAUCUUGAUGGUACCUGGAUGACAAGUGAAUUUCUUUCUCUUAUCUGUGAUAAAGUUGAGCAGAGUUUGGGGUCUCUGCACCUCUGCUGUAGAGAUUUGCAGAUUGAUAAGUCAUUUGAUUACAAAAAGACCCUGAAGCUCUUGGAUAGGGCGUGCAUUGAUCACCUGGGAGUGGAUGAAGCUUCCUUGUGUGAAGUCUGCAUGAUUAUGCCUGGGAUGGUCCACCUUAGCAGUCUUAAUCUAUAUAAAAUCAAAUUCAGAUCUUAUAACAGGAAACCCUUUAAAACCUUUCUCUCCCAUCUUAGCCGGAUGAAUGACCUCCAAGAGCUCAGCCUAGCUUACUUCUCCCUCAAAAACCAUGUGCAUAAAGUACUCAGAGUUCUGUCACCGGAGUUGGAUUCCCUCAAUCUUAAUUUUUGUGACCUAACUAACAAAGACUUGAUUUCCAUGUCUCAGAUCCUUCAGGAAAGGAACCUAAAGAUGUUAAAUCUUAGUCACAACCAUAUACCUUGGGAAAAUACUCAACCAUUAAGGCUUCUUCUGGAGAAUCUAUCUAGUAACCUGCAGCAUCUAGAGCUGAACAGCUGCCUUAUUACAGAUGGAAUUCUCUCCAGUAUCAUACCAUCUCUAAGGUUUUGUACAAGCCUCCGAGUCCUUAGCUUUGCCUGUAAUCCCAUUACCAUGCCGGAGCUCAGAAGGCUUUUGCAGAACAUAACACCCUUGAUGAAGCUGAAGUAUGUGAUCUAUCCAAUUCCUCUGCAUUGCUAUGAUCAAUGGCAUUUUCGUGACAGUUUAGAUGAAGAGAAGCUGGCUGAAGUGAAAUCAGAA